UAUCAUUGCUCGUAAAUUUGUGACUAUCGCUGACUGACUGACUUAUUUAGUUCUAAGUAUUUGCUGUGCUCAUAUUUAAUUAACUCUGCAUUCUGCACCCUACUCUCUACAAAGGAUAAUCCCUCACCUUACUGUAUAGACACAGCAUCAACACCAACCCAGCACCCCAAACCCAGCCCACCACAAUCAUGACCCCCGCCACCCAACCCACCAUCCUCCUCCUCGGUACCUGCGACACAAAAUGGGACGAGCUGCUAUACACCUACACGCAGCUGACCAGCGGCCCCAACCCCAUCCACACGCUGCUCAUGGACGUAGGACGAAUCCCGCACCCCUCGCCUCUAAUCACAAUCAAACACCCCCACUUCAAGCCUGACAGCAGCUCCAAGCCCUCACGCGAAGACAGCAAUGAAAAAGAACACGAAACGCCAAAAGAGGAAGGCGAAGACGAAGACGACGACAAAGGAGAAGACUACACCCAUCUCCCGCGCAAAACCUACAUCGACACCAUAACGCACACCUCGCACGCUACCGUCUCCUCGCUGUACCAAAACGGCCAGAUCCACGGCAUGCUGUCGAUUGGCGGCAGCUGCGGGACGGCCAUUGCGACGGCGCUGAUGCGCUCGGCCCUGCCGGUCGGGUUCCCCAAGCUGAUGGUGUCGACGAUGGCGUCGGGCGAUGUGCAGCCGUACGUCGAGGAGACGGAUAUCACGAUGAUGUAUUCGGUUGUGGAUGUCGCGGGGAUGAACUCUAUCCUUGGGAGGAUUUUGAGGAAUGCGGCUGCUGCGGUAGGGGGGAUGGGGGGGACUUAUUAUCGGGAUACUCGGGGAAGGUGUGUUGAUGGGGAGGAUGGUGCCAAGGCAGAGGGAGAGGAAGGAAAGAAACUACUACGCAUCGGCAUCAGCAUGUUCGGCGUGACCACCCCCUGCGUAACCGCCAUCCGCAGCCUGCUAACAGCCCGGUACCCCACGUGCGAGCUCUACGUUUUCCAUGCAACCGGCAGCGGCGGAAAAGCCAUGGAGCGACUCAUCACCGAAACCCAGUUAGACGCAAUCCUCGACAUCACAACCUCCGAGAUCGCGGACGAGCUUGUCGGCGGGGUUCUGUCUGCCGGCCCGCAACGUCUCUCCGCCGCCGCGUCUCGCGGGAUCCCGCAGGUCGUCAGCCUGGGGGCAUGCGACAUGGUCAACUACGGCACGCCGGAGACGGUGCCGUCGCGGUUCCGGGAGGCGGGGAGGGAGAUCUACGAGCAUAAUCCGACGGUGACGAUUGUGAGGACGGAUCGCGAGGAGAGCUGCAAGGUGGGGAGGUUUAUUGCGGAGAAGUUGGGCGGGGCGAGGAGGCCCGACAGGGUCAAGGUGUUGGUGCCGGGGGGUGGGGUGAGUUUGUUGGAUGUCCCGGGGCAGCAGUUUUGGGAUCCGGAGGCGGAUGAGGGGCUGUUUGGGGCGCUGGAGGAGGGGUUGAAGGGGUCGGGGGUGGAGGUGGUGAGACAUCCCAGGGAUGUUAAUCAUCCGGAGUUUGCGCAGGCCGCGGUGGAUUUGUUGGCGGGAGUGUUGGGAUAUUGA